AUUAUUUACGAAGUAGGUUUCCGCUUUCAUUUUCAUUUUACAUGCAAUUUAAAAUAUCAAUGAAUACCUACAAAUUAUGACUUUUCUAUCUCAGUUUGAAAAACCAGAGUUUAUCUUCCGCACAAAGCUUGUGUUUAAAAACCUGACACGCACUGCAUGUGUAAGUGCGUUGACCCAGAGGUGUAGAAAAUGUUCAACAAUCAGGCAGACUGAUGAAAACCAGUCAUUUUUUGUAACAACACCAAUAUUUUAUGUAAAUGCAGCACCACAUAUGGGCCACCUGUAUACCUGUGUUUUGGCUGAUGCUGUAGCGAGAUAUCACAGCUUAAAGGGCAAACAAAUACUCUUCUCUACAGGAACUGAUGAACAUGGUCUUAAGAUACAGCAGGCUGCGGAAAGGCAUAAAAAACCUCCAGCUGAGUUUACCACUAGCAUAUCUAGCACAUUUAAGGAAAUGUUUGACUGUUACAACAUCAAUUACACAGACUAUAUACGGACCACUGAGGAGAGACACUAUGUUACUGUGCAGAAGUUUUGGAGAGAGCUGGAAACCAGGGGAUGUAUUUAUAAAGGUUCAUAUGAGGGCUGGUACUCGGUGUCAGACGAAGCUUUCCUUAGUGAAAAUGAUGUAAAAACUUCAGUUAAUGAAAAGGGACAGGUACUGAAGGUAUCAGCUGAGAGUGGUCACCCAGUCACAUGGAUGCAGGAAGACAACUAUAUGUUUAGACUUUCUGAUUAUAAGGACAAACUUCGUGAAUGGUUUGACACUGGAGUGAUUGAGCCACCAGUGUUUGAACCUACUGCUCGUCGAUGGUUAUCAAGUCUAGAAGAUCUGUCGGUAUCACGGCCCUGCAGUCGACUGUCCUGGGGUAUACCAGUGCCUGGAGAUAACUCUCAAACAAUCUAUGUAUGGCUGGAUGCCCUGGUGAACUAUCUGACUGUGUGUGGAUAUCCUUCUCAGGGCAGAAGCUGGCCGGCUGAUGUACAAGUGAUAGGGAAAGAUAUACUCAAGUUCCAUGCAAUUUAUUGGCCAGCAUUUUUGAUGGCUGCAGGAUUAGAUCCUCCCAGGAAGAUUUUCUGUCAUUCUCAUUGGCUAAUCAACGGUGCUAAGAUGUCUAAGAGUCUGGGUAAUGUUGUAGACCCAAUGAUAGUACAAGAGAAAUAUUCAGCUGAAGUGUUCAGGUAUUAUUUACUGAGAGAAGGUGUACCACAUUCUGAUGGAAAUUUCCUUGAAGAGAAGGCAAUGGAGUAUGUAAACUCUGAUGUAGUUAACACAAUGGGAAACCUUCUCAGUCGAUGUACUGCUCCGGCGAUCAAUCCCAGCCAGAUCUACCCCAGGAAAUACCAGGAAACUUACAUAUCUAAGAUAACCGCUUCAGACAGGGAAACAUUUGAAAACCUGGAUAUGUUGAUAGAUACAGUGGAAGGAUAUUAUAAGGACAUGAUGUUUUAUAGAGGUAUUGAGAGCAUCAUGUCUUAUCUGAGAUGGGCAAAUGGUGUUGUACAGCAACACGAAGUUUGGAAUCUCGCUAAAUCAGACAACGAAACAGACAUUCAACACCUCAAGUGUGUAAUACAUGUGGCGCUGGAAACAUUGAGAGUUAGUGGAAUCCUUCUGCAACCUGUGAUACCAAAUAUAUCUCAACGUUUGCUCAACAGACUAGGAAUUCCUAAGGAUAGAAGAACUUUUGAGUGUGCAAAAAAACCCUAUUUAAAUUCUCCUGAACUAGCAUUAGGGCCUAAUGAAGGCGUCAUUUUAAAAAGAUUGAAAAUUAUAAAAUAGAUAAUGCAGCCCAUUGAUAAAUCUACUCAUGCUUUUGUAUACAAAUUUUAAAUGAAAUAAAAGUGAAAAAGGAAAAGUG